AAAGAGAUCUGGGUAGUUUUUAUGGAUGAUAAUGGAUGUUGAUUACAGAGGAAUCUUGUAUGUGUAUGUAUGGAUAUAUUAUGCAAUUCUUUUUUCUGUCUCAAACAUGGUGUAUGGUGUGACAAAUGCAAAUGAUUUGAAGAUUCUUAUCGAAUUCAAAAAUGGGUUAGAGAACUCAGAGCUCCUAAAUUGGCCUGCAAAAGGAAAUGACCCUUGUGGUCCUCCUACAUGGCCUCAUAUUGUCUGCUCAAAAGGCAGAGUCACACAGAUUCAUGUUCAAGGCUUGGGGUUAAGUGGUCCCUUACCUCAGGACUUUAACCAGCUUGACAGCCUGGAAAGUCUUGGCCUUCAGAAGAAUGAUUUCUAUGGCAAACUCCCAACUUUCAAUGGCUUAGAGAAUCUACAGUCUGUGAACUUGGAUGGAAACCAGUUUGAUACCAUUCCUUCAAGUUUUUUCCACGGCCUUAAUAGUGUCCGUGUUUUGACUAUGGAUGACAACCCAUUGAAUAAGUCAACCGGUUGGUCCAUACCUCUUGACCUUCAAGGAUCUACUCAGUUAGCCAACUUUUCAUGUUCUAAUUGCAAUAUAGUAGGAACUUUGCCGGGUUAUUUUGCAGAACUCCCUUCUCUGGUUGCAUUGAAACUUUCUGGUAAUAGGCUAAGCGGCAGCAUUUCAAACAGUUUUCGCCAAUCAAUGCUUCAGGUCUUGUGGUUGAAUAAUCAGGGUGGUGAUGGGAUGACGGGUUCAGUUGAUGUCAUUGGCUCCAUGGUCAGGCUCAAAUCUGUUUGGCUUAAUGGGAACAGAUUUAGUGGAGAAAUCCCUGAUAACAUCGGGAAUUUGACUUCUUUAAAGGAUCUGAACCUGAACGGGAACCAACUUGUUGGUCUGGUUCCCAAAGGAUUAGCUGAUUUGAAUCUUCAGGCGUUAGGUUUGCAUGGGAAUUUACUGAUGGGUGCAAUUCCAAAGUUUAGAGCUUCCAAAGUCACUUACUCUUCGAAUUCUUUCUGUCAACAAGAACCGGGCGAACCUUGUGCUCCAGAAGUUAAUGCCCUGAUACAAUUCCUUCACGAGAUGAAUUAUCCGCCCCGCCUUGCUGCGGAAUGGACAGGUAACGAUCCUUGCAAGGGGCAAUGGUGGGGUAUCACUUGUAAUCUAAAUGGUAAUGUGUCCAUUAUUAAUCUCCAAAAGCUUGAUCUUGAGGGUACGUUGAGUCCUUCACUUGCAAGCUUGAAUUCACUGGUUGAGAUUCGCUUGCCCGGAAACCAUUUGCACGGGAAAGUUCCAGCGGAGUUGACUUCAUUGAGAUCUUUGAGAUUGUUGGAUAUUAGCGGGAACAAUUUUGACUUGCCGUUCCCACAAUUCAACGAUAGAGUGAAGGUAAUCACUGAUGGCAAUCUUGCUUUGAGUCCUUCAAGUAGUCUCAUAUUGUCUCCGCCUGAUCACCCACUCACGCCUUUACCAGAUCCGAGUUUCAUAAUCAAUGGUUCCUUAACAGUUAACCAUUCUCCGCCGUCGAUAGACAGCCCCCCUCCUCUCCCUGUUAAUGUCACAGAUUCCGACACAAAGUCUGUCAUAGUUUUCACUGUGGCAAUCCUCCGAUCUGCGACAAACAAUUUCUCCCCCCAUAAUGAGAUUGGCCGCGGAGGAUUUGGAGUGGUUUACAGAGGGGUGCUUGACAAUGGCACUCAGGUUGCAGUGAAGAGAAUGGAAGCAGGGAUUGUUAGUGGUAAAGUGGUGGAUGAAUUUCAGGCGGAGAUUGCUGUUCUUUCUAAAGUACGCCAUCGCCACCUCGUGUCACUCUUGGGUUACUCUAUGGAAGGAAAUGAGAGACUUUUGGUGUAUGAGUACAUGGGACAGGGAGCUUUGAGUAAGCAUCUUUUCCAUUGGAGAAGCCUCGACUUGGAGCCAUUGUCAUGGACAAAAAGGUUGAUAAUUGCUUUGGAUGUCGCUAGAGGGAUGGAGUACCUUCACAGUCUCACACACCAGAGCUUCAUACACAGGGACCUCAAAUCAUCCAAUAUUCUUCUUGGGAAUGAUUUCAGAGCUAAAGUUUCUGAUUUUGGAUUGGUGAAACUCGCUCCUGACAGAGAUAUGUCUGUUGCAACUAGGCUUGCUGGAACAUUUGGGUACCUUGCUCCAGAAUAUGCAGUGACCGGGAAAAUUACAACGAAAGUGGACGUCUUCAGCUUUGGGAUGGUUCUGAUGGAAGUUUUGACAGGCUUAACUGCGCUCGACGAACGUCGUUCAGAAGAGAGGCGAUAUUUGUUGGAUUGGUUUUGGAAAAUGAAAGCAGAGAAAGAAACUCUUCUGGCUGCCAUCGAUCCAACUCUUGAACCAAAAGAACAAAUCUAUGAUAGUAUUUGUAUAGUCGCAGAGUUGGCUGGACAUUGCACAUCAAGUGAUCCUAACCAUCGGCCCGAAAUGGGGCAUGCCGUUAAUGUUUUAGCUCGACAAGUUGAGACAUGGAAACCUGUGGAGCAUUCGAAUGAUUGUCCUGCCAUUGAUUUGUCUUUGCCUCUUCCUCAGAUGUUAAAGAUUUGGCAAAAUGAACGGACCGAAGAUUUCAGUUACCUAAGCCCAUACAGCAAAGGGAAAAACAACAAUGCUAGAUGAAUUUUUGAGACCUCUUUUUCAAAUUUCAAGUUUGAAGAAAGUUCAGCCUCAUUCUCCAACAAUCCUCAGGGGCGUGUAGUCGGUGUAAGAAGGUAAUUAGAGGGAUGCCAUGCACAUCGGUCCAAGGAAAUUGCUAUUUUAACAACAGGUUUGACACCAUUG